AUGGCGCUCGGGGAGGCAGCGGCAGGGAGCGGGGCUACCCCAGGCCCCGCGUUCCCCCUCAGCGACCAGCAGCGGCUGCAGCUGCGGGAGGCCUUCGACUUGUUCGAUGCGGACGGCUCAGGGCAGAUGGACGUCGGGGGCCUGAAGAUAACCGUGAGGGCCCUGGGCUGUGAACUGAGGAAAGAGGAGAUGAAGAGAAUUAUCUCUCAAGUUGAUGAGGAAGGGUCAGGGAAGAUAAAUUUUGAGUCAUUUCUGCAGGUGAUGGCUCAGAAAAUGGCAGAGCCAUAUUCAGAAAAGGAGAUCCUGAAAGGUUUCAAGCUGUUUGACUAUGAUGGCACUGGCAAGAUCUCCUUUGAGAAACUCAAGCUGGUGGCUGCUGAGGUUGGAGAAGACAUCACAGAUGAGGAGCUGAAGGAGAUGAUUGAUGAAGCAGAUGCGGAUGGAGAUGGGGAAGUGGAUCAACAGGAGUUUCUGCGGAUUCUGACAUUGACUGACCUGUAA